AUGAGCCUACGUCAACGAUCCUCGUCCGCCCUCACCCAGGCCGCGGCCAGGAGGGCCGUGGCGCCAUCCUGUGUCCUCUGCCGACUGCCACAGGAGCCAUCCCGAGUGCAUCGAGCCAGCCUUCAUUCGACAUCGAAAAGAGAUUCAGCUUGGGCUGCUGCGGUGCAGGUCGCCUCUAAUGUCGUGGGCAAUGUGGUGAGGAAGGCUGGCAAGGAUACCAUGGCCAUCGACCCCCUUCGAACAGUCGCCAAGGAGAUGAAGUUUCUCACUGGAAACAUCCGAAAGCUUCUCGGCUCUGGCCACCCUUCUCUCGACCGAGUCGCGAAAUACUAUACCCAAGCCGAGGGCAAGCAUGUUCGGCCCAUGAUCGUCCUGCUCAUGAGCAGGGCCACGCACCUGUGUCCGAAGAACCCGCAUAGCGACAGCCCACAGACGGCGCGCGGCAUCGAUAGCUCAAUAUCGCCCAGUCAGGUUCUGGGCGACUUCAACCCCUCGGCGCUGCCGUUGACGGCCCCGGAGGCUGACAUGUCCAGCCCGGAGCUGGAUAUUCUUCCCAGCCAGCGACGCCUAGCCGAGAUUGCCGAGCUGAUCCAUACAGCUUCGCUACUUCACGACGAUGUCAUCGACCACUCUGAGGCGCGCCGUGGUUCUCCGUCUGCCAACCUCGAGUUUGGCAACAAGAUGGCCGUGCUUGCCGGCGACUUUUUGCUCGGCAGAGCAUCUGUCGCCCUGGCCCGUCUGCGCAAUGCCGAAGUCGUUGAGCUCCUGGCCACCGUCAUUGCCAACCUGGUAGAGGGCGAAUUCAUGCAGUUGAAGAACACCGAGCGAGACGAGCGCAACCCUAAAUGGUCCGAGGAAACCCUCACCUACUACUUGCAAAAGACGUAUCUGAAGACUGCGAGUCUAAUCUCCAAGUCGUGCCGUGCCGCUGCUUUGCUCGGCAACACUGACGCUGCCACCGUCGAUGCUGCCUACGCUUAUGGUAGAAAUCUCGGACUGGCAUUCCAGCUUGUCGAUGACAUGCUCGACUACACUCGCUCUGACAAGGAUCUUGGAAAGCCUGCCGGCGCUGAUCUCGAGCUUGGCCUGGCCACUGCACCGCUUCUGUUUGCUUGGAAGGAGAACCCUGAGCUCGGCGCCCUUGUUGGGCGCAAGUUUGAGAAGGAGGGUGAUGUUCAGCGCGCUCGUGAAAUAGUCCUCCAGAGCGACGGCAUCGAGCAGACCCGCGCCCUUGCCGACGACUACGCCGAAAAGGCCAUUUCUGCCCUUGCAGACUUUCCUGAUAGCGAAGCCAAGGAUGGCCUCAUCGAGAUGGCCGAAAAGACUGUCAAGCGCAAGAAAUAA